GCCAUGGGCUGCGUGAGGAAAACCGCACGUGAACACGAGCUAUGUACUAUGACACCGUUGCACUGUGUGAGACGUUUAUUUUCUAACGGAGAUUUACAUUUGAUGCACCUGUAAUGUACAGCAGCAGUCAUUACUGCAGCAGCGAAAAACCGGACACUGUCAUUCCCAGAUAGUCCCUCGCGCGAGACAAAUGACGCGUUCAAAACAACUGGAAACUCAGAAGAAGAGAAAAAAGAAAUAGAAGGUCAAAUAAUGACGUCAGUGAUCUUCAGAUCGGAGCUCCUGAAAUGUCCCGAGUUCACAAGUUGGAUGACCGUUCAAACCGAUUUUUCCCAGUCGUAGCUCGUUCCCCCCCUCGAGUUCGCAGUUGUUUUGAACGCACUGAAGUCGGAGAUGAUCCAAAUCAGUUCCCAGUUGUUUUGAACGCGGCAAAAGGCUCGUGGGUAGCUGGUGCUUCCGGGAGUAGCUACAAGAUAGCUUAGAACGAAUUGCAUUAUUUUUUGUUCGGUACAAACCUGCUCCAAACUUCAGAAGAAAUACCCGUAGACGUUCGUUCUCCAUUUUUGAACUGGAGAUCUCUUCCUGGUAACGUUACUCUGCUAUCGUCUUUUCCACUGCCCUGAACAUCUCACCAGCCACUGUUGUUUAAUCGUUUUUGAUGCUCCUCUGCAACCUUCUUUCCCAUUGUCCCAAAUAACGCAACAACUACUGCUGUUAAUCGCUCGGUAAUAAACACAUUCAACAGCUGUACUUUAGACAUUUUGGAAAAAGUACAUUCAGGUGCUCAUCAACAAAUCAACUGAAGAUUGUCGUAUUGACCGCGGGCGCAGAUAAUCACUUCCGGCACAAGGGAGUGACGUGUUUUGGUCUUCCACCAAAACUUCCGACGGGAAUUGUAAUGUAUUUUAAAAUGGCGUUACCCGGUGUCACUCGUGCAUUCUUUUCUAAUAGGAAUCAAAUAAAGCAAUUUAUGUCAGAGGGCUCCCGCAACCUGUCUUUAGGUAGUCGAGUUCAUGCGAGGACACAAUCAUUGAAAUGUCUGAAAAGGACGACUUCUCAAUCAAAUGCUAUCCAUGCUACUGUGCACAGAAGGUCACCGCUAUACCGCAGCUGCGAAAGCAAUGGCGAUGAAAAUAGUCGUGCUACUAGUAACUGGAUUUAUGCAAUGGGGAGUGUAAUUGCGUUCUCUCUCUUCAGCAAAGCUGAGGAGGACACCAGAACUGAUGCCCAGAAGAAAGAAGAUGAGAUUAUUUUACUUUUGAAGAGAGCCAAGCUCAGUAUGAUGCGGGGGCAGUUGCAUGGAGCCAAUGGAUUCCUCCACCAGGCCAUCAAGCUGGCCCACCAGACUAACAAUACACAAGCUAUCAUCUACACCUACAGCUUGAUGGCGAACCUUGCCUAUGUCCAAGGUCAGCUGGAUAAUGCAGAGAAACUGUUCAAAGUGGCCAUGAGUUUCAUGUUGUCCGGAGGAACACCACAGGAUGACAAUGGUGUCAUUGAGAUGUCCUUGAAGCUCGCUACCAUAUAUGCCGGCCAGGAGAAGAAUGACUUGGCAAAGAUGGGUUUCCAGUUUUGCACUGAAUCCCUUGAAGCCAAGUUGGAGAAAUUCAAGGAACUUCCUGCUGAGGAGCAAUCGGAAGAGUUGAGGAAGGAGACCCGGCUCCUACUGGGCCUGACCCUGGACUCCCACGCCCGCUACAUGGUCGCUAUACACCGCCUGAGCCAGGCGGUGGUGGACUACAAGCAAGCCUUGCUGAUCUGUCAGGAAGAGCAGGGACAGACUCACCCACAGGUACCAGUUGGCCAGGAAGAGCAGGGAGAGACCCGCCCACAGGUACCAGGAAGAGCAGGGAGAGACCCGCCCACAGGUACCAGGAAGAGCAGGGAGAGACCCGCCCACAGGUACCAGGAAGAGCAGGGAGAGACCUGCCCACAGUCCUUGGUGCUGAUGAGUGACCUGGCCACCAUCCUGGACAUGCAGGGUCGCCACGACGAGGCUCUCCCCCUGGUGAAGCAGGCUGUGGACCUGAGCAGAGAAGCCGGCCACCCUGACCAACAUGUGCUGCUGGGAAACAUGGCAGGCAUCCUACUGCACAAUGAUCUUUUUGAGGAGUCUGUGAAGCUGUACAAGGAGUCCUUGGCUCUAGCCCAGUCUGCAGGAGACGAAGAAGCACUGGAGCAGAUACAGGAGGGACUGAAAGAGGUGGCCAACAGGAGGAAAGCACGGAAGGCAGAAGAAGCAGCCAAGAAUAAGACCGACUGACCGGUUGGAUCAACUAAACUAAUCUUAUUAACACAACCCCAAGCAAUCUCUCUGAACUCGUCUGACCACUCUAGUCCCUUCAGCACAAUGUUAGUACAAGUUAUGGAGUACAGGGCAUUUAGCUCAGAAAGAGAAGAAGAAACACACAAUAACAUCGCAACAGAUGAAUUGGAACGGUUUCUUACAAUGGGCAAUUAACAAUUUCAUCUGUGUAACCCCAAUGAUGUUUUGUUUGUAUUGUGGGAAAUGUCACUCCUUCAAUGUGGUGUCUGUCUGUUGUCAGAUUGGCUUAAGAUGUAAGGGGAACACCUGAAGGCUUAAUUAAGUCCAUUGCCAGAAUUCAAUCAAAAGGUGUGUUGUCGACAGGCGUAAUUGCACUUGAUUUUUAAAUGAUGACUUUAUAUUUACGUUUGUGCUGGCAUCUUCAGAGUUGGUCAUGAAUGCGAUCUCUCCACGAACGUCGAAGGGGGAAAUGCACCCGGUUACAAAGGCACAUUGUCGAUAGAGCGAUUGAUGACAAUGUGUCUUGUUUGAAUUCCAUCCUGAAUUAGUCUUAGUCUGAUGACUUGCCAUUGCUGUCUGAAUCACUAUAAAUGACACUGUAAGAUAUGUAAAUGUUGUAUAUACAAAAUGUUUUAUGGGCUAGAAUGUGACAUAGGACUUAACUGGCAGCUUCAAGAGUGAAAGGCAUAAUCAAUAACCUUUGUGUGAACAGAGAUGUAUCAUAAUAAAUACUGUCUUUGAGAUGGUGUAUAUAUAUAUUACAUACAGUGCAUUUGGAAAGAAUUCCCGACCCCUUGACUUUUUCACCAUUUUGAUACGUUACAGCCUUAUUCUAAAAUGGAUUAAAUUGUUUUUCCCCUCAAUCAACACACAAUACUGUAUAAUGACAAAGCAAAAACUUUUUUUUAUUUUUUUUAUGUUUGCAAAUGUAUUAAAUUUCACAUUUACAUAAGUA